AUGAUUAAUGAACGUUUUAAUCAACAAGCUAUACGGGAGCAUAAUCGACUUCGUUCUUUACAUGGAUGUGGAGAACUUCAAUUAGAUGAAGAAUUAAUGAUUUCAGCACAAAAAUGGGCUGAAAAUUUAGCUGACGCUGAAAAACUAUAUCAUAGUAAUUAUAAUGAUUAUGGAGAAAAUUUGGCUUUUAAAAUGUCUGUGGCACCAUGUCAAAUAACAGGUGAAGAAGUUUCACAAACCUGGUAUAGUGAGAUUGACUAUCAUGACUUUAAUCAAUGUUAUCAUCCAAAUUCACGUCAUUUUACUCAGAUGAUUUGGAAAUCCACAACACAUGCUGGAUUUGGAUUAGCCUUAAGUCAAGAUCAAACAAAAGCAUAUGUUGUUGGACGUUAUUUACCUGUAGGUAAUAGAGGGGAUUUCGGAUGGAAUGUACCACAUUAUCAAGGAGUUAAAAGAUCUGGUGACAAUGAAAGCCGGUAUACUGCAGAUGGAGGAAGUGCAAAACUGAAUGAUACUGGAUCAGCAAAUAACGAUACAUCAAGAGAAAGUAUGUAUUCAUUGGAUCGUAAUUCAACUAGAUCAAGUCAUAGACGAUCUUUUAGAGAAAGUCUAGGAUUAUCAGAAAGAUGCAAAUGUUACUGGGAUCAUACACCAUAUUUACCUGAAGGACACUCUAUAAUAAACGAAGAUGAACGUUCUAGAACUGGCUCAAUACGUAGUGGAGACUUUCAACGUUCCAGACCUACUUCAUUUUCAAAUAAUGAUGAUAUACAUUUUAAAUCUGUAUAUACAAGAAGUUCUGAAGAUUUACGACCUAAAACUAUAAAUGUCACUACUACUAGUUUACCGAAUACAGAUGAUGCGCACAAUUCAUUAUGUAGUCCAACAGUGAUCAAUUUAAACUUCAUGAAUUCAGAUGAACGUCCAACAAUAGUUACGAAUACGAAACCAUCAGAUGACUUUUCGGGUUCCAAUCGUGUGUCUAUCAGAACAUCAAUGAGACGACCAACAAGAAGUUCAACACCAGUGUGUAAUGGACACUCAUAUGAAAGAGAGAACAGUAUUUCUUCAAGUGGAAGAGCAAACUAUCUAAGCACCGUAAAUACUAGAGGUUCGAAUGACUACCAUUCACAAGACGAACAACAUGGAAGAGCUAGUUAUAUAAAAAGUGAUCAAUAUGGAAGUAAGUUCAAUUGUUCUGUUGGUUUUUUAAAAUAUUUGUAAAUUACUUGCUAUUUAAAUUCACUUGGUUUUGUUAACUUGAAUCGUUUCAUUGAUGUUCAAGAAUGCAAUUGGUCAGUCUGUUAUUGGUAUAUUUGCAUACUGUGCAUCUUGCUCGAUAUUGCCUUAAUUCACAAGCAUUCUGAACAAAGAUGAAUAGUUUCUAGAAGUGGAAUCCAGUUCGCGCGUUUCGUCCCAUCUGGAACUCGUCGGCUGGACGUACCUGUAUCUCGGAGUUGAUGUUCACUCUUCAACUCGAACCUAGUACCAUUCGCUUCAAACGCCAUCACAUUAUCCACUUAGCUACUGAGUCUUUAUAGCCACUUGCUUGUGCAGUGGGGGUGACGAGUCCCAAAUAGGACGAAACG